AUGUUAGAAGAUUUACUGCCAAUGUCAAAAGAGAGAAUUGAGGAAUUACAAAACAAUGUUACAAAUGAUUUAAUCUUAAAUGAGGUGAUACAACAUAUUAAUGAAGGAUGGAAAAGUUACAAUCCUAAAAAUGUUGAUAAUGAAAUUAAGCAAUAUUACAAAUUAAGAGAUAAUUUAUCUCUACGAGAAAAUAUUAUUUUUUACAAUGAUAAAUUAGUUAUUCCUGAGUCGUUUAGAUCUAAAGUAUUAAAAUUGCUUCACACAGGUCAUUCAGGUAUAGUUAAAACAAAAUUAAGAGCAAGAAAACUCUUUUAUUGGCCGAAUAUUAACAAUUCAACAGAAAAAAUGAUAAAACGUUGCGUCGAGUGUGAAAAAUAUCAACGAAGUUGUGUGAAAGAACCUCUAUAUAAUCACGAAUUACCGGAUUUGCCAUUUAAUAAAAUAGGAUUAGACAUAGCAGAAUAUGGACGACAAAAUUAUUUAGUAACUGUAGAUUAUCUAUCAAAAUGGAUAGACAUAAUACCAUUAAACAGUAAAAGCAUUGAGGAAAUUGAGAAAAAACUUAUAAUAUUAUUUUCAACACAUGGAAUACCUAAACAGAUUAUCUGUGACAAUAAUCCAUUUAAUAGUCAUAAUUUCAGAACAUUUGCGAUUGAAUGGAAUUUUGAGAUAAAACAUUCAAGCCCGUAUUACCCGAAGUCCAAUGGACUGGCCGAAAAAGCUGUGGGUAUAGCUAAAAAUAUCAUAAAGAAAGCUAACAAUUUAAAAGACAUCUAUUCAGGACUAUUGGAAUAUAGAUGUACGCCAGUUGCAGGACUAAAAUAUAGCCCAAGUGAAAUUUUAAUGAGUCGUGUAUUGAGAUCAAAGUUACCUACAAUUAAAAAUAUUCUAAUACCAAAGGUAACAUAUAAAAAUGCCUACAUAGAACAAAAACAAAAGCAACAGAGGGUAAAGGAAAGGUAUGAUAAACAAAGCCGGAAGAAACCUUUGUUUAAGGCAGGAGAAAAUGUCACAUUUCAGGACGUACAGACAAAGACAUGGAAACCGGCGCAGGAGGUUCAGAGGACCGAAAAUCCGAGAUCUUACAAUUUAAUGACAGAAAAAAAGAAAAUUGUAAUUACGCGAAAUAGUGCGCAAAUUCGAAAAUCUUUGAAUAAACCUGUCAUAAUGGAUCCCGUGGAUGAUGUUGUAAUGCCGAGCGAUGUGAUUAAUACUAAAGAGACAGAGACUAAAAUUAUUGAUACUGAAAAGUGCCCAAUUGUACCGAAUACCGUAAUUGUAAAAGCGCCUCGUGUCCAGCGGUCGAUUAGAAAACCUGAAAGGUUAAAAGAUUACAUUCUUAGUUAA